CGCCGCCGCCGCUGCUGCUGCUGCCUGCGCUCGCGCUCGCGGUCUCCUUGUCCCUGCGGGCGGCCGCCGACUUCGACGGGAGGUGGCCCGGACAGCUCGUGUCCUCGAUUGGCCUCUGUCGCUAUGGUGGGCGGAUUGACUGCUGCUGGGGCUGGACUCGCCGCUCCUGGGGACAGUGCCAACCUUUCUACGUCUUAAGACAGAGAAUAGCCAGGAUAAGGUGCCAGCUUCAAGCCGUGUGCCACCCGCAGUGCAAGCAUGGCGAAUGUGUUGGGCCGAACAAGUGCAAGUGCCACCCUGGAUAUGCCGGGAAAACCUGCAGUCAAGAUGGCCUCUCCUACCCAGCUCCUCUUGACCAAGGCAGUGAGCAGUCUCCUUUCCACCCCCCGGAUCAUCAAACCACCAGUUUACCUUCACAGGACCUGAACGAGUGUGGCCUGAAGCCGCGGCCCUGCAAGCACCGCUGCAUGAACACGCUCGGAAGCUACAAGUGCUACUGCCUCAGCGGCCACAUGCCCAUGCCCGACGGCUCCUGCGCAAGUGCCCUGUCGUGCUCCAUGGCAAACUGUCAGUACGGCUGUGACGUUGUCAAAGGACAGGUGCGAUGCCAGUGCCCCUCCCCGGGCCUGCGGCUGGCUCCUGACGGGAGGACCUGUGUGGAUAUUGAUGAAUGCACCACGGGAAGAGUGUCCUGCCCCAGGUUCAGGCAGUGUGUCAACACCUUCGGGAGUUACAUCUGCAAGUGUCACAAAGGCUUCGAGCUCUUGUACAUCGGAGGCAAAUACCAGUGUCACGAUACAGAUGAGUGUGCCCUCGGGCAGCACCAGUGCAGUGGCUUUGCCCGGUGCUACAACGUGCACGGCUCGUACGUGUGCAAGUGUGUCAAGGGUUACCAGGGCGACGGGCUGAGCUGCGUGUAUAUUCCCAAAGUCAUGAUCGAACCUUCAGGUCCAAUUCACGGACUGCAGGGAAACAGGACCAUUAUAAAGGGCGAUGGAGGACAAAGCAAUUGGAUCCCCGAGGCCGGCAGUACCAGGGGGCCUCCGAGGACACCAUCUGUCCCUCCUGGCCUUCCCAGCAGCCCCACCCCUCGGCCAACUGCAAGACCUACGCUGAGGCCAACACCACAGCCAACUCCUCCGCCGCCGCCCGCCCUGCCAACGCAGCUCAGAGCUCCUCCGCCGCCACCAACCCCAGAACUGCCAAGAACCAGGCUGACAACCACAGCUCCGGCCGAUGGCACCUCCGCGCCGGGGGUCACAGUGGACAACAGGAUACACACGGACCCGCAGAAGCCCAGAGGAGAUGUGUUCAUCCCACGGCAGCCCUCCAAUGACCUGUUGGAGAUAUUCGAGAUCGAGAGAGGAGUCAGCGCCGACGAUGACGAAGCGAAGGACGACCCAGGUGUCCUCGUGCAUAGCUGCAACUUUGACCACGGCCUCUGCGGAUGGAUCAGGGAGAAGGACAGUGACUCGCACUGGGAACCGGCCCGGGACCCGGCAGGUGGGCAGUACCUGACCGUGGCGGCCAAGGCCCCCGAGGGAAGAGCCGCACGCCUGGUGCUGCCGCUGGGCCACCUCCUGCGUUCAGGGGAUGUGUGCCUGUCCUUCAGGCACAAGGUGACCGGGCUGCACUCGGGCACGCUGCAGGUGUCUGUAAGGAGACAUGGCGGGCACGGGGUGGCCCUGUGGGGCAGAGACGGCGGCCGAGGCUGGAGGCAGACACAGAUCACCCUGCGGGGCUCGGACAUCAAGAGCGUCAUCUUCAAGGGUGAAAGGCAGCGUGGCCACCCCGGGGAGAUCGCGUUGGAUGACGUGAGCUUGCGAAGGGGCCCCUGCUCCGAAGAGCGCUAGUGGCCCCACAGCUGGCAGUGGCUCCCGUGUUGCUCCCUCUUCUCUUCCAAUCCUCACCUUCUCUCCUCUCCUCCCUCUUCCCAGGGCUAGGAGAAGAGUGGGCCGGGGGGCAGGAGGGACCCGCGUGCUGACCCAUGUCUCACUGGCUUGCUGCUGUGCAGUCCCAGUGAGCAGUGACUCCCGCAGGACGAGGUGUGUGUAGGCACAUCCAAGCCGCUGUGGGUGUCGCCUUCAUACCCAUGGCCCAUGCAGGGAGGCCUCGCACGUGUGUCACCUGCACCAUCCUUCGUCCUGGUUAUAAAACACUCCUUGUAUCAUAUGACGGGGGCUUCAGAACACUGUGCAAACGACCAUUCCGCGCUCUGUCCAGUGUUGUGCUGUGCGUGGUGUUGACUCUCCUUGAGCUACGAUGUGCGGUGUGCCUGUGAAAUCGGCCCCCCUCUCCAUGAAGUUCGUCCUGACCUGACCUGCACUCUGACUUUUACUGCCACUCACUUUAUAAAGAAGGGUGUAUAACAUACCAAGAUGCAUUUAUUCUUGUUAUCUGUAUUUUUCUUAUAAAGACAAUUACGUACAGUGGGCAAGGAAUUCCUCAUUAGUAGUGUUGUGUUCUGUGUGAAUGUGCUAUUGGUAUUAAAUAUUUACAUGUUCCUAGUAUUUACAGACUCUAGUUGCAAAGUAAAGUGCAGCUUGUGAUCUCCUGAGUUUAGAAAAAAAAAGGCAGAAUGUCAUCCAGCGUGGUGACCUUGCAUUGGCGGUGAAAGAAAAGUGGUGGAGCAAUGGUGGAGUGGUGGCAUUUUCCUAAUGGCCUUGAAUGGGAGCUCUGCAAAGGGUAAUAAACCAUUUAGGGUGACAAGAAACUGCAGUUAAGAUAGAAAGCCUGCUCACUGUUGAGUUGACGGCUUUCUCUCUCAAGAAGCUUUGUAAAAGCUCUGGUUGUUUUGGGGGAAGCCCUGUUUCUAGCAGGAAGUGGGGAGGAGUGUAAGGAGGCUCCCCUGGGACAGAUGUCACACCCAGCUGGCUUGUUUCAGGAGGUGUGUCUCCUGUCUUCUGGUCCUGGUGCUGAGACACGGGCUGCGUGUUGGAUUCUCACACCUCAGGAAGAGGGCACCAUGGGAAUUGUCGCCCACAAACCCCCAACCAUCUUCUUCCUGCUUGUUUUACCUUUAUGUUCAAAAGGUUAACUUUUAAAAGGCAGCUUAUUCCUGAGGCUUUUCUUCAUGUCUGAUGGAGUCAUCAGAAUAUUUCUGCUUUUGCCAGGAAUCACAAAGAUGAUUAAAGGGGGAGGAAGAAAAGAUCUAGGGUGAGAAAUCAGAGGAUCUGGAUGAUUCUGGCUGGAGAAGACUAAGGGGCCAACGGUUGGUGGCUGUCACGUGUGUGAGAGGGUGGUGCAGAGAGGACGGUGGCCACUGUCCCCCGUGGGCACUGAGAAUAGACAGAGAAGGCGUGGGCUUAGGCAGGCGUGCGAGGGAGCGAUUCCUGGCAGGGACACUUGUUAAAUUGGAGUGCUUUAUAAAAAGGCGUGUGAAAAUCAAGAUCUUGCUCUCCUAUGUCCUUCUCUCAAAGCCAGAUUCCCUCAGGUAAAGCAGUGCAUUGCAGCAUCUCCCAGGAGACCUUUUGUGGUCCUGCUACUCAUAUGUGUGGAAAUCUCCAGAGCUCGGCGAUUCAGGGAUUCAGGGGGCAGUCGUUUGGCCCUUUCUAGUUAUCUCCCAGUGGACAGGAGGCCGGAGGAGAAGAUGCUGAGUCCACCCAAACUCUCUCCUUCUGUGGCAAACCUGGCAGGAUCAAAACAGACAGACACAAAAGGGAAAAACUCCCCUAAACCACUUACUCCACUUAUUACUAAACCAUUUAUUAUUAUUAGUUGUGGUGGACAGGUAUUGUAUUUCAGUAAUGUCCCAAUAUGGUGUUUAAGGGUUUCUUUCCUGGUAUAAACCUCUCACUUGCUCAACAGAUGAUGAUUCGGAUGUUUUUAGAGGCCCAGUCAUGGAGCACUGAUUCUUAUCUGCUUCAUGGGUGACGGGUUAACCUGGGCACCAAGCGUCAUCCACAACAUCUCUCCAGGUUCACAAAACCAUCAUGUGGUCUAACAGUAGGCCCAAGAGCCAGUCUUUGUAAUUUAACUUGUUAGAGGCAGGGCUGGAGGGGAAUAUAAACCAUUCAGCCUUUGUGUAAAGGCCAGAAAAUACGGUCUUAGAUGCAUUUUUAAUGAUUCAUUUCCUUUUGGGUCAUAUAACUGCACAGCUGAAGAUGAAAGAGGAAAAUCAUUGAAAAUUUGACUUUUCGGUGCCAAUAAGACAUUGCACUAAAGUGAUGGAAGAAGUUAUCCAAAGUACUGUAUAACAUCUUGUUUCUUAUUUAAUGUUUUCUAAGGCGAAAAAUGUUAGUGGUUUUCCAAAUGGUCAAAUACAAACAAUUCUUUGUAAAUAAAACACUGUUGACAAUACCAGG